GGCGCUCGAGGUUUUCUCAAAAGGAAUCGUUAUAAAUUAAUUGCUGACCAGCUACAAGUUAUUCAAAGCUCGAUAAAUUGGUUUCGGCAUGUGGUGUUUGCCGAGGUGUUUGCUGAAGAUACAUUUGGUGCAGAGAUCCUCAAACUAGCCGUAACACUUUCGAGUCAAUUCAUCGGAUUGGAUUGAGAAUGUUAGCCGUAAAAAAAACGCCAUAAACCAAAAUGAGCAUAUCAACGACAUCACGAAGUGAUACAGAUGAGCAGCCGAUCGAAGGAAAAAUACCCGGCCUGGAUAGCCAACGGUCUAGCCACUGUCCGGUGGUACAGGAGGGUCCCGCGCUGGGUUGCAAUUUCUGCUGGAACACAAGGAGGAUACUGCGACGGAAAACCAAGUACCACUGUCCCGAGUGCCAUACGAACUUGUGCAUUGCGCCCUGCUUCCAGGAGUAUCACGAACGCCAAUCGGCGGAGAACCCUGCCCACCAGCAACGACAGCGGAAGCGCCUGUGUGUAUGGUGUAGGUGGAUUGUACGCAAAAAAUAG